GCCAUCCAAAGAAUGAAAGAAAAAGAAAGGUUUUUCUUUCCGCUUUUGACUGAUUUUAGUUAAACAUGUAGAAUUUGGAGCAAGAUUAUCCAACCCCAGAUGGUUUGUUUGCGAAAGGUGUUUGCUUACCAGUCUUCUUAGCUAUAACUGGCUGUCAAUAAAACUGCUUAUUCUUUUCAAACAAUGCAUGGCUAAGCAGUUUGCACCAACAACUAAAAGUUUCGAUAAAUUCCAAGAAAAGGAGACCUUUUCCGGGAUGUUACCGGAGGGAAUUUUCCAAAACAUUUAAAACUUUAAAAUGAAUCAGCAAUAUAUAUAUAUUUAGCCAAGCCUAAAAGCGGAGCUCCAAAAUUAUUUUUUCCAUUUAUUUCUAGUCUGCUUAUCGUAUGACCAAUGGAACGAAAACGAGAGUGAUUUUGAGUAUAUUAUCCCUUAUUUCGAGUUAUCUUAUUUACGUUUUGUAUUAGUUAAAAUAUAAAACCGGACCAGAAGUCACAAAGACUUUCGGUCCGGUCUACCGGGAACGGAAGUCACUAUGUCAAUCAAUCAAUCAAUCAAUCAAUUCAUUUACUUCAAUAUGUGGGAUAGGGGUUGCCACGAUUAUCCGAGCCAGAGGCUCAUGUAUAAAACGAGUGACAAUAAAAAUACUUAGUUAAUAAAGAUACAAUACAUUUGAAUAGAAAAUAAUUUUAAAAGAUCACAAAUGUAUGAAAACAAAUAAUAAUAAUAUAUCCGUUAAUGCUCAAAGCUACACCUUCCCGUAUCCCACUGAAUAAAUUAAAAACUAAAAACCGUAAGAAUAAGUUUAAAACCCUAUGGGGAAAAAACAGAUAUAGUAAAACCCCAAGAUAUACAAAAAUUUCAUUUACAAUUGGCUCUCAAGAUUGUAAGAUUAAAAGAUCUCAGGUGCUUACCAUGUUCACUCAACUCAGUCGAUCUCUUAAUGUAAGAAGGAAGUUGAUUCCACAAAUGUGAAGCCUUGUAAGUGAAAGAAUUGUGAUGAUAUCGAUUAUUAUAGGAUGGUUGAAUGAGAUUGUGAUCGCUGUUCCUUAAAUUGUAGCGCAACAUACGAGUUUCGAAUAAAUCAGAAAUAUAGUCAGGCCCAUUUCCUUUCAGUUAUACAUUUAAAAAGGAGGACAAGAGAUUGAUAGUAUCGUCUAUGUUCCAGUGAUUGCAUGUUUACAGCAGACAAUAUGGAAUCGUAAUCUAAGCUGUUUCCGAAAUAAUAAGGUCCUUCCGUCCAAGAUGGCGGGGCGAGUUAUCUUCGGAUUGUAUACAUGAACAGUACUAAUGUUUGGUUCUAAUCAAACCUUGGGAAUUGCGUUGAAUGAGUCGAACACUAAAGGAAAAUCUCCAAUUCAGUAGCGGCGAUAACAGGGGAUGAUGUUGGCGUUAUACCGAUUUGUUUGAUCGAAUGAAACGUUAAGUUCAAGCCACAUUUUAAUGCACAAGAUCAUACGUUUGCUUGCUGUGAAGGUAAGUUAUCACCUUAAAUACAAUGAUUUUAAGCUAUUUUUCUCAAUCAACCAGUCACAGCGCUUCUACAACGUGUGAAAUGUUAUUAAUUAGUGCAUAGCCAGGCCGUCCAGUUAGGGGGUAUACCGAAAAAGCUAUAGACAUUCUUGAUAUUGUUUACAACUUAAGGCUUCUUUUUCCAUGUUACUGCCUUUGCUUUAAGACCGUCGGUUUAGGCUUUGAUGGAUUUUUUUUGGUCGUCGACUUAAGGCUUCUUUUUCCAUGUUACUGCCUUUUGUUCAAGGCCGUCGGGUUUAGGCUUUCAUGAACUUUUUUUUUUGUCGACUUAAGGCUUCUUUUUUCAUGUUACUGCCUUUGGUCUACCCCCGUCAGGUUUAGUCUAUGGUGGUCGACUUAAAGUUUCUUUUUAAGUGUUGCUGCCUUGGUUUAAGGCCGUCGGGUGUAGGCUUUGAUGGAUUUUUUUUGUUUCUUCCUCUCGCCCUCAUGGCCUCUGAGUCAAUAGCCCAUGCGGACGAAGACCGAAUGGGCUAUUCACUCAGAGCCCAUUCGGGCUCGAGGAAUAAUUGUUAAUUAGUAUAAAACAGUGGAUAGCGUUUUUCACGCGCUCUGAUUGGAGGCUCAAACUAGGGAAAUCCAGUGCUAUUCACCUCAGAGCGAAGCCAAACUCGCGUUAGUUACGAGCAAAAUAGCUUCCAGAUUAGCUAUUGUACCAAACGAAGAAAUUUCACAAAUAAACCAAGAAGCUAUAAAACGUAGCUAUACAACAAAUCAAUUAUUCAGAAUGUGGCUUGUGCAUGCUGCAGGCCCCUUGUGGUACAUAACGAAAUUUUAAGUCUAAAUUCACUAUUCUACAAAUGUCUAUUGUAAAAGGUAAAAUUUAUUUCGAUCGUUUUCAUGUUUCUUUUUUCUCUCUGAAGGAAAUCCAGUUGAAAUCCUAGUUGGUAUUUCGGUAGCAUCGUUUUCCAGCAUCAAGGAAGUGGAUAUGGUAAUACAUUUUUAACUCCUGGAGGUGAAGCUCCCUUUUCUUAUGGUUAUGUAAUAGACCUUAUUCACGAUACCCGCCAUCUUUGCAACAACAACAACAAACUUUAUUAAUAAACAGAUGAUAUUACAGAAGCACUUCGCGCAGCUAGCAGGGCUAUACGAGGCAGGACAGUAAGCAAGAAUUUAUUAUCCAACAUUUUGGGCUAAUUUAUCUUUUUAAUUAAGGUGGGCGUAUCAAUAUUGUCGUCUUCCGAAUUUAAAAUAUCAAAAAGUAAUUUUCAAAGUGUGUGUUUUUUUUAUUUUAUUUAAUUUCGUUUUUUUAUUUCAUUCUUAGGGAGAUGCCGGAUGUGACACGCGCUUUAGGUUCGACGGAAUAAAAGCAAUGUCACAUGGUAUUUCGAGGGGCAAACAAAAGACAACAUUUGCCAAUGCGAGUAAUCGUGGUCUAGUUUGCUCAUUCUAUCAAAACCAGACGACGACUUAAUAGUCUUGCAAGGAGUACAGUUCAAUUUACGUCAUUAUUGUUUGCUGUGAGGACAACUACGUCGCUACUCAUCAUCCAAAGAAGUAACAACAGUCACUUCCAUCGGCCAUAAUUUGCCACCAGUAUCGUCUUUACUAUGAAAAGUUCUCCAUUUUCCUUUGUCUAUAAUAAACAAACGCGACCGCGAUUUCAUACAUUAGCAAUUUUUUUUACUUCGCGUUUCGGAGCUCUUUAUGCCUUCGAUUUAUGAGAAACGGGACUGUAUGAGCGAGUUUGCUUUUUCUUCGUGAUAAUAGCCCAGCUUACGAGAUUUCCCUUUAACAGGUCGAAUUUACCAGAAGAAAACCUCUCAAAAUACGAACACUGAAUCUUGCGAUUGAAUUUGCUUUCCUAAAUAUUGCUAUAACAGCGACAUAUUGCUCACAGCUUCUCUAUUUGGACGGAGUCCAUGAAUUCAGAACGCAUAUUUUCUCAUCGAAAAUUGUUUACCACGAGCUUCCCGAAUUCGACGCAAGUACGCCGUCUGAAUCAGCCAUCCUCCAAAGUCGCUCCAAAGUCGAACUCAAUCGAGUUUGGUUCGGCACAUGAGAGUGGAGCGCCGUUUGGACCGGGCCUUAAGGUCCCAGGGUUGGCGUUCUUUGCUUACCGGUUAGCUCGCGUUUUUAGCAGGUUCUUCGCUCUUCUGUUUCCUUUGUGUUGUGUGGUCGGUGAGGUUAUUUCAGAAUCACCGAGCAUGAGCCGCAACAUUGCUUCGAAAAAAGAAAUGCGAAACAACUUGCAAUUAUCCAAAUUUCGCAGCUAACCGGUUCUCAACACCAAGUAAAAAUGAAAACUGAGGCAUCGCCGGUUAAAUAAGCUCGCUUAAAGUUGUCUAACAGCUUUUUCUGUAACUUAAAGUUCAGUUUCUUCUGCAAUAUUUACAGCCGUUGUGGUAAUACCACACCGGAAUAUAUUUCUUAUUCCAUUUCCCUGAACAUUCCAAACACUGUCUUUUUGAUCCAGGGCCACCAAGAAGAUGGAGACACAGACGCAAGCAUUCGUGACACCUGUGAUGAGCCAAAGCCUUGCCUCCUCUUACAUGCCCAUGGAUUUCUGGUUUGACAAAUUUGGGACACCACUCUACAUUUGUAAUGUCUUCCAAAGAAAUGACAUGAUGCUCUUCGAUUUAGCAGUUCUUCGACCUUUUUCAUCAGCGACUUUGGCCAUGGUCGACUGUUUUCGAAGUUGUUUCUGUCUACGACGAUCUUUCCAUUCUUGAUUAACUUCUCUUUUUGUGAUAGUUCGUUAUUUCGCUCGGUGUUUCUUGCGAUGUCCCCGAUGUCAUCACUUCAAUGCCGCUUCGGUUGUUCGCUGUCGCUUCUUCGCUUCGUGUCGAAAACACUUCGCGCACUUUGCGAUAUCUGAUGAAAUAAUGAGACCGCAUCGCGUUUGUGAUCUCUGUGAAGAAUUUUUUGCCGGUGAAACUUUCUUUUCAUCGUCAAAAAAGAAGGUUUCUUGCAAAGCCCUCUAUCACGGUGUGUUCUCAAAUCGAUUAAAUAUUUUUAUUUUGCUAGUGCGCAUAUCCAGAAAAAUCAACUAACAAACACCGGAAAUGACGCAUUCGAUUUUCUCGGAAAGCGAGUGUUUUCGGAGAAAAAUAAUGACGCAAUCAAAUCGUUUUAAACUGACGAAAACGAAGCCGCCAUCAGCAAAGACAGAGGUUAUAUGUUUGCCAUCCAAAGAAUGAAAGAACAUGAUAUUAAAUCCUUUCACGGUUAACACAGCAAUUCACCUGCACAUCGAAAUGAUUUCUUCGGAGUUUUUCUUGGUGAUUUGUUCAUCUUUAUGGAUUGGAGUGAAACUCACUAUAUUUUUCAAGAAACGUUUCCGGUGGAGAGAACACUGUUUUCCCCGUUUAAGUUUGGAUAGCGCAAAUCUUAUUCUCAUAAUCGCUGCGCAUUUUUUGGUGCCGAAAGUUUGGUUAUUGCAGAUGAUAACAGCAGUGAUAGCUAUGGUCUCGGCUACCCCGGAAAUGUAUUUGAUGAUGACUAAUAAUCUAUGGGAAUUAGUCAAGUCCUUGGUGCUUGGUGUCUGCAUAAUUGUAACCUGGAAGAGUGAAGGCGGUUCAUAUACUUUGCCCAUAUCUUCUUUGUUUUUUGCGCUAACUCAGUUCCUGCGAUGGCCAAAGAACCUGAAAGAUUUCCUCGGUGAAGUGCGAAUCGUCUGUGGCCCUGCCUUUCCCCUUUCCGUCUUCGCAACAUGGCUGAAACAGAGCGAACCCUCUGGCUCGUCAUCCUGUGUUCUCGUUGCCGUACUCUGUUCCUCGGUAGCCGCCAUCUUUUUUCGCCCCGACAACUCUGAAGUUUGGGUCUUGUUUCAUCUGCCAGUCCCCAGCCCGAGAAAAAGGAAAGUUUGUCAUGCAACAUCGAUGGUUUUCAGUCUCCUUUUUUUGACAGUGCAUAUUUUACUGUAUCAAACUCUUCCUUGCAUUUACUGUAAACCUGUUUGUAUCGUGGUGGUCGUACUAUGCGUAUGUUUCUUUUUUGGCGCUACUGACACCGCGCGUAUCAUUGGAUCGGCCGUUUAUACAGGUACUUAUAAACUCCAUAGAAAUUGAAAGCAGAUUGCAUUCCACAAUAACGACUCAAACGUCUUUGUAAGGAAAUGGUCUCGCUUUAAAAAUACCCUCUCACAAAAUCUAUUGCAUUAACAAUAUAUAAGAAGCGUAAAACGUAAAAUCCCUUGACUUGAAAUCAAAUAUCUUGUAUGACUUUUUGUGUGAUUGUAUUUGACUAUAUGUAUAUACCUUUUGCUUGAUUUAUAUGUUUAUUUUAGCCUCGUACCUUUCUGUUUUUGGUGGCAAUAUAUACUUUCUUUGUUUGGUCAUACAAAUAAGUUGCAUACUCGAAACAUCUCCACGCUUUUCAAAUGCUUUGUAAAAUGUAGAAUCCCUUGACUUGAAAUCAAAUAUCUUGUAUGACUUUUUGUGUGAUUUUAUUUUACUAUAUGUAUAUACUACAAUGAAUGUCAACACUUGUUGUGGCAAUAAAAAAAAAACUUGAC